GCUUUACCAUUUGCAAACAGCAACAUUGAAAACUCUUCUUUUACCAAGUUUCCUCAAAAAAGCUAACUUAAGAACAAUUUUCUUUAUUCUGGAAACAUCUGUUUCCCGUUGAAGCUAGGAUAUUGACGUGCGAAUUUUCCUUGGCGAGUCUGUCUAGUUGUUGCAACGAACAGGAUUCCAAGAUAUCAGUGAACGUCAAGGCCUUGUGCUCUUUUCCUGUUGAUUAUAAAAGCUACGGCACUUUUGGUUCCAGUAGCUGAUUGGAACGGCGUCUUGAAAGACAUUGUCAUAUAGCGGCAAUUUUUUUUCUAUAAAUUCACGCUUGAAACACAAGUAGAGGAACACUCCCUAUUUAUUAGAUUCUUUCUUUUCGUGUUAUUUUCCUAUAAAAACCUGUUGAUUUGAUUUUUUUUUUUCAGCCGUUUCUUUUUAUUUAUCUUCGACCCUUGAGUAGAUUUGGUUGGUUGGUUUCCUUUUCUAAUAAUAAUAAAGGUGCUUAAUCUGGUUUUCAUUGUUUCUAUUGCAAGAACUACUUUUGUCUUUCCGAUUCAUUUUCUUGCUUCUCCUUGUUUUACCUUGCUGAGUAGAUAAAACCAAACACUCUCGUGUCGCGUUUUUUGUCUUAUGGUUGUUGUGAUUUUUCUCACUGAAAGGAAUCAUCGCUUACAACAAUUCAAAGUUUUUUAAUUCUCCGAUUAACACAGUUCUUAUCUCUAGAAAUUCUGUUCUCUUUUCCUUAACUUUUUUUUUUUCUACAUUCAUCUCAUUUUUGUCUCUUAGGUUGUCAUUUGUUUGUUCUCUGACAGUCUAUUUAUUCGUCAAACUGUAUCGUGUACAUCGGGAUUCUUGACUUACUUUCCCGUUUCAGUUUUUGUUUAUUAAAAUUUUUAACUAUUUAUUGACGUUUGCGUAAUAUUUUUUUUUUUUGGUCUAAAGAAAAUGACCGCGAAGUCUUCUUUUGGGCAAAUGUGUUCAAAUUGCCAGAGUACCACAACCUCUCUAUGGAGGCGUGGUCCCAAUAAUUCUUUGCUUUGCAAUGCUUGUGGUCUUUACCAAAAGCACCGAAAUCAGGCCCGUCCUAUAAAGUCGGAAGAACAUCAAAAGGAUUUAUCUCCUAUUGCUAAACAAAUUUGCACAAAGGGAACUUGUUCCGGAGACGGCUAUUGUGAUGGAACAGGUGGAAGUGCAUCUUGCACCGGCUGUCCUUCCUUAAAUAAUCGCUUAAAAAGCAUAAAUUCAAAAACCCAUAAGCAUGAUCGUUCUAGCAUGUCACCUAAACCUGACUCCUCUAUAAAUAGUAAGGAGUCCGAAGCCUCUAAUAGUGAGGAUGAACAGAAACUUAAAUCUCCUGACGCUGGAACGUCUUCAAAAUUCGAAGGCAACAAACGCCGCGCAAGCGAACAAUCCGAAGGGCCAACCCUGGUUUCCGCUAGCGAGUUAGGCGCUACAUGUUGUCAAAAUUGCGGUACUACCAAUACUCCCCUUUGGCGGAGAGAUGAACUGGGAAAUCCGAUUUGCAAUGCAUGUGGCCUUUAUUACAAGAUUCAUGGCAUACACCGUCCUGUAACCAUGAAGAAAGCUAUUAUUAAGCGGAGGAAACGUAUUGUCAUGCACAAUAAUCAUGGUGUGACUUCACAGUCUUCUAAACAAGCUGCCCCACAGACAUCCGAUGAACAUAAGCACCUCAAAAGCUCGCCGCCAAAAGAAAAUUUAUUGUCCAAGCCUACCAGUGGUGAUAAAUCCCAAAAUAUCCAUAAAGUAUCUGAUAGACCCAUUGACUACGGUUCCCCUGCAAAUGGUCUACUUAAUCCUGCUGGCUCCUAUAACCAUCCUGCUUAUCCACCUAACGGGUACAGUGGAAUACUACCUCCCGUCGUUAAUCCUUCUCCUUUAUUGACGUUAUCAAGACUUGCUGCAGGUGAGCCUGAUAAUAGCCAUUAUUAUUAUCCUUAUAAUAAAGUACAGGAAACUGCUCAAUCCUUGGGAGUUCCUUCUGAUACUCAAGCUGAUGGUGCAGUCGACCCAGCCGAUAAUAUUGUCAGUAGAACACCUGGUGAAGUUGCUCAAAAUGCACGAACAGUUUAUUCUGCCCCACUUCCUCCCCUUAAUGUUGAUCCUUCAAAUAAGCCUUCAGGCUUACCUUUACCUGCUGGCGAAUUGAACGGAAGAGAAUCAACGAAGCAGGAAAGCAGUUUUUUGAAUAAAAAAUGGCAUCUUCCCCCAAUUCUCCCCGUAGGUGAGUCGGUUAAUUUACCCAGUCGUGAACAAGCAAAACCAAAAAUUACGGAAGGCAUUGCUUCACUGUUGAAUCCUGAAGAGCCGCCCGGCUUUUCUAAUUCUAGGGACACUGAAGUUAUCAAUGAUAAGGUGAAGGAAUUUCCUUCACAAACCGAUGAAGUCUCCGGUUCUUUGCUAUCGAAUGCACCUCCCUCACCGUUACAAUUUCCCCCGGAAUUACAAGGUUCCCCUGUCGAUCAACGGCAAUACGCACUGAAUGUACUUUCUGAGCUUCGUUCCAAACAUGAUAGCAUGGUGCAAGAACUGUCUAAUAUAAAUUAUAAUAUGAUAAAAAUUGACACGUGGUUACGCUCAUUUAAUGUGAAUGAAUUGGUUACGAAUCGUACACCGGCUGCAAAUCCUUCCGUUAACUCUGGUGUAUUGCAGACUUAAAAGUAUAUCGGUAGGAGGGAAUACUCACUUCGGAAUCCUAAUAUGUAUAUUAAAACAACGGACUUGUGUUUUGAAUGGCUUUUUUGUUCCUUGAAAUAGGUUCAGGUUUAAGGUUACAGAAUGUUGUACUUUUGGCUAUGGUUUUAUAAUAUUAAGUUAAUAAUUUUAAUAUUAAGUGUUUAACGGGUUUGUCACGGUAGAAAUCUCACACGUUAUGAGAAUCUUUAUUGAGUGGAAGUAAUAAGUACAACUGUACGAUUAUAUGUUUCAAUUGGACGACUUGGUACUACGUAGAAGA